AUGGCGGUUCAGGGGGUGGAACAGACUAUCCUUCGGGAUCCAGCUCUGUUCUACUGGAUCCUCAUUCCCAUUACUGUGGUCAUGAUAUUGACCGGAAUCCUGCGCCACUAUGCAACCGUCUUCCUUGCGACUCCGCCCAAACCGCCCGCGACUCUCGCAGAGUCCCGAGAACGUCUGUCGCUCCUCCGCGGCAUGAACCUACGAAACAAUGCCUCUGCUGUUCUUACCCCGUCAGCUCUCGCAGCUCGCAAGAAUUUUCUUAUCACAGCCUACAAGGAGGGCGCAUUUUUAAAGGAUCCGGAUGCGAGAGGGGCGGGACCUGUGAACCCCAUGACGGAUCCUGCUGGCAUGGAUGCGAUAAUGGGCAUGAUGAAGGGGAAUAUGGCUAUGAUGAUUCCACAGACGCUGAUCAUGGGGUGGAUUAAUGCUUUCUUUUCUGGGUUUGUUAUUUUGAAACUGCCAUUCCCAUUGACCAUUCGGUUCAAGUCGAUGCUGCAAUCCGGAGUCAUGACCCAGGAUCUGGACGUGAGAUGGGUCUCAAGUCUGUCGUGGUAUUUCUUGAACUUGUUUGGUUUGCAGCCUGUUUUUGGAUUUAUCUUGGGCAGCGAUAACUCUGCCAACCAUAUGACCCAACAGAUGUCCCAGAUGAACCCCAGUGCGACUGCGAAUCCUUUUGGGCCUGGCCAAGACCCCGAUAAGAUGUUCCUGGCCGAGGCAGAGAAUUUGGAAGUCAUGGAGCAUUAUUGCAUUCUGGACGGGAUUGAAGAGAGGCUGCUGCAGAGAGUUGGGUAG